AUGGAUACCGUGGAGGAAGAAGACUUUGGGGCUGCUAUCGUCAUUGGUUCUGAAACUACGGAAGCAGAGAAGGAAUAUGAAAGAGUUCUCGAACAAAUGCGAGAGUCAGAAGGGCUCAAAUUAUAUACAGACGUAUAUACAAAGCUAUACGACUCUUAUUAUAAGCUGAAGGAAGAGAAUAUCGCUCACCAGGAGAAUAUAGCUGGUUUAACGCAUAAAGUGGGUCGUUACGAUGGCGCUAUUAACACCUACCUCAAUGAAAUAUCUGACUCGAAUAAAACUAUUGAUAAGUUGCGAGCUGAGAUUGAGGAAGCCCGAGCGCUAGCGGACGCUAUGCACGCGCGAGAACUGGCAAGCGUGGAAUCUCUGGAGACGAUGAAGAAGACCGUCACAAGGCUGGAGAAAGAGCUAGAUGCAAGGAAACGCGCGGGGGACGAUGAUGCAGGUGCAACAUCAGCGGUAAAAGAAAAAGAGAAAUUCGAAAAGGAAAAAGCACGUCUUCAAGGUGAAUUGGAUGGAGUCAAAUUGAGAUUAACCAAUGCACUCGGUUAUAUAGAGGAGUUGGAACAGAAGAAUACAGCAGCUGAUGAGAAUAUAGCUAAAUUGGAAGAACAAUUGGAGGAAGCAGAUAACAAUGCAGUUAGACAAAACAGACUAGUGGAUCAUCUCAAAGGUGAGAGUACGACACUUAAAAGUGAAGUGGAAAGUCGAGGGAAUCAAAUUAACAGUCUUAAAGAUAAGCUAACAAAAGCAGAGAAAACGAUCGACAGACGCGACAGACAGCUCAAAGAUAUAAAUCACAAGCUGGAUGUAGCUCAACAGGAACAAGAAGCAGCUUCAAAUAAAGCAGCUCAACUUAGAGAACAGCUUGACUUUACUAAUGCUGAGUUUGAUAAAACUAAACAAGCGUUAACUAACACUAGUAAGGAACUUAAGAACACGAUAGACGAUGGAAACCGUCUGCGCAACGAAGUGUCCAAGCUGACGAAGCAGGGCGUGCAGCAGAUGAAGAAGUACCAGCUGUUGGAACAGGCCAAGGCCGGAGUGGAACAUGAUAGAGAGAAUUUGAGACAGCAAGUGAGCGUCAUGGAGAGAGAGAUCAUGUUAAACAAGAAACAAGCUGAAGCUGAUAGAAGAGAGAUAGAGAACAUGAACAGAGAGAAGGAGAUAUUCAAUAAGAACAUGCAGAAGAUUCAGAACGAAGCCAUGGAGAACCUGUUAAUCAUCAGCCGCCAAGAACAGCGGCGGAAGCAGUUGGAGCAUGAACUGGAGGUGUCCGGGUCGCAGGUGAACAAGCAGCGGCUCAUCAUCAGACAGCUGGAGAAGGAUAAGGACAGAAUGCUUGAAGACACAAUAGCUCUAAAUGAGAAAAUUGACGAAAUAUCCGAGGAGGUCCGACUCCGCACCGCCGAUAUCCUGGACCUCAAGAAAGCCCUCCGCGAUGAGGGCAUCAACAGCAGAAAGCUCUCCGUGGCACUCGACACAACGAGGGCUGAACGCAACAUGCUGCACAAAAACCAUACGGAAGCGCUGGAUGAGAUACAGGAUCUGAAACAGAAGCUUAAGAUGCUGGCGUACCAAAUCGAGCAGCUCAAAGAGGACAUAAGCGGCAAGGAGAGCGCGCUCAAGUCGUGCGAGGGCGCGCUCAGCAAGUGCAGCAAGCGCGCCGAGCAGCUGCGCGCCGACGUGCAGGCGGCCGCCGCGCGGCACGCCGACCUGCGCGCCGAGCUCGCGGCCGCGCGGCAGGAGGAGGCGCGCCUUGCCCGCGCGCUGCAGGAAAGCGAUGCAGCUAAAGCGAAGCUACAAAAAGAGGUGGAAGGUCUGGUGAGCGAACGUGAUGUGGUCGGCGCUCAGCUCGUGCGACGGAACGACGAAAUUGCGUUAUUGUAUGAGAAAAUACGAAUAUUGGAGCUAACGUUGCAUAGAGGUGAACGACAAUACGAGCAAAGAGUUGAAGACAUCCGACUUCUUCGACUGGAGAUUAUACGUCUACGCAAAGAGAAGAACCUAUUAUCAAAGGGAAUUGAAAAUAUGACAGACUUAAGAUUAGAGGUGUUCAAUUUGGAGCGCGAGUUGGGCCGCGAGCGUCUCCGCGUGCGCGCGCUCGAGGAGGCGCUCGAGACGCCGCUCAACGUGCACCGCUGGCGCAAGCUGCAGGGCACAGACCCCGACAGCGUGCACCUCACGCACAAGCUGCGCCUCACGCAGAGGAAAGUUCUAGCCCAAAGCGAAAUGUUGGUGCUAAAAGAUCGUGAAUUGAAAGAAACUAGGAAUUUGUACGGCGCCGUCAAAGACAUGCUUGCGUUACAACCAAGCCCUGAGAUACAGCAAACUUUGAACAGGACACAGCGCGCCCUUGCACAAAGAACGACGAAAAUGAAAUGUUUAAUAGCUGAACUAAGCAUGCGUGAGAAGCAAGUGACGGAUUUACGUUUAGAGCUGGACAAAGUGAACGAAGAUUUGAACUCGUUCAAGCAGAAAUACUAUGAAAUGAAGAGAGCUUUGGACGCGGAUGAAGCACGCCGACUUAAAAUACCCACGCCUUGAGAAUUUGAUAAAAAUUGUUCUGAUUUUCAAUAAUCUGAUGGUCAGAUGCAUAGAAUUCGUCUCAUGUGUUUGUUUCAUUUAUGAAUGAGAAUGUUAAAAUUGUGUUUUAUUAUUGGGUAGUUAUGUUUGUAGACAUUUUUGUAUUCAAAAGAAGUAAGUUGUAUUCAAUAUUACCUUUAUUAUGUAUAAAUUAUGUAGGUACGAAAUUAAGCUUUAAAACUCAUAACUUAAAAA